AUGCUCCAAGCCUACUCUACGCAUAGCAUCACCCCUGCAGUAAUCCCAACAGUCCCCAAGCAGGUCAUCAUUGAUGCGUUCCGCCACUGUGGGAGUUCAAGCAAGCUGGACGGGACGGAGAACCACCUUGUGAUGUCUCACCUGCGCGCGAGGACCACAGGCAACAACACGCGCCUGCUUGGGCAGGCUCUUGAGGAGGAGGAGGAGGAGGAGGAGGAGGAGGAGGAGGAGGAGGAGGAGGAGGAGGAGGAGGAGGAGGAGGAGGAGGAGGAGGAGGAGGAGGAGAUGCAGGCGGAGGGCGUCAGGGAGGUGGCCGUGGCAACCGGCCUGGAGGUGCUAUACCAGGAGACCCCCAACUACCGCGGAGCGGCGGCCGAGGCUGACCGCAUGGCCGAGCCAAGGCAGGCAGCUAGGCAUGCCUGGCGAGUGCCAGACCUGGGUGUUAGGGAGCCUGAUAUUCAUGCAGAUGAGGAGGUUGUGACGGAGGGGGGCUAG